AUGGGAACAUGCUUCUCUUCAUCAUCAUCGUCAUCAUCAUCACGCACAAGGAUGGAAGAUUAUCACUAUAACCCUGCGUUGUACAAUUACGUCGACGAAGUCUACCAACCCUAUGCUUGGGAUCUCCAUCUCCAAGAAGCUCUGUCUUCUUCCUCGGUCUCAUCAACCUCCGAGGCUAACCAUUAUCACCAACUCCAUAGCCACAUCGCCACUCGUAUUAAUCAAGAAGAACCGAAGAUAAAACCCGAUAACAAACCCGCCGAACCAUCUAAAACGUUAUGUAUGAUCUGCAUGGAUGAAAAGUCUCCCACCGACAUCUUCCGAGGAACCACUGGUUGCACUCAUCACUACUGCACCGAGUGCACCGCACGUUACGUGACGACCAUGAUAGAAGAGAACAUAGCCAUGAUCAAGUGCCCUGACGUGGACUGCGCGAGACUUCUAGAGCCUUACACAUGUCGAGAUAUAAUCCCAGGGGACGUGUUCGAGCGCUGGGACAAAUCCUUGUGCGAGUCGUUGAUUCUGUCGUCGGAGAAAGUGUACUGUCCAUUCGAAGACUGCUCGGCGAUGAUGGUGGUGGACGAUGAUGAACAAGGUGAUGAAGUGAGGGAGACGGAGUGUCCGUCUUGUCACAGACUGUUCUGCGCUCAGUGUAAGGCUACGUGGCAUGCGGGGAUGCGGUGUGAGGAGUUUCAGAGAAGUGGGAACGCGAGGAAGAAGAAGAAGAAUAGCGAUGUAGAAGAUGCUAUGUUGAUUCAGAUGGCUAAAAAUAAGCAGUGGAGGAGGUGUCCUAGUUGCAAAUUCUACGUUGAGAAAAUCGAUGGUUGUAUACAUAUGCGUUGCAGGUGUCGAUUUCAUUUUUGCUAUCGUUGUGGAGCAGCUUGGAGUUUAACUCACGCAUGCCAUAUUCGUAGUCGUCUUUUAAGUUACGGCUUACCUGGGUCUGCUUAUUUCUGA